AUGGAUUCUAGGCGACUGACGAUCUUUCCAAGGGCGACGAAUGGCGUAGAAAACGCAAACCCUAUUAACAGAAAGGGUGGCUCUACUGAGCCAAGAGCCCCGAAGCGAAGGCUUUAUAGUGAAGAUGGACUGAUAGAGCGUAAGCUCCCAAAGCCUACGCUAACCCUUCGAGCAAAGCGCAAAAUCUUCAUACCACUUAAUGAAGAUCCUGGAAGACACUAUCAAUGUAUACACAUCGUGGAUCCGGAAGGAGAAAGACCUUAUUGUUUGGCACAAGACAUUGCCUCAGGUGCUACUGAGAACGCAUACCGGGUCGUGAUGAUUCGACGUAGCCCUGAUAAAUCCGUUUAUGGCUUAGAGGAUCCGAACCCGAAUCUUCUCAAUGUCGUGUCUGUCUUUAGUUUUCAAGGUUCUUUGUUCACUGUCUUCGAUAGACCUGGCCUUCCAUUGUCUGAGAUUGCUGUGUCUCAUUCCCCACCGCUGGGUUUAGCUCAGGUGAGAACCACACUUUCUGGUAUCUGCGCUCUGUACACUGCGGGCCUUUGCUUGCCUUCAAUCAGUGUAGAAGAUAUUACAAUUUCAGAAAGUAAUGGUCGAGUCAAAGUUGCAUUGGACCGAGCAUCUUUGCAAGAAACAGUGGCAGAUGAUAAGGCUGUUGCCUUUGGAACAAUGCUAGAAAACCUAGUGUCCGUUGUUCCGGGUUCUUCAACCCUACAGCAAAGCCAGGAUCUCCUUGCUUUCAUCCACCACGCCGCUGAAAAAUCAUAUCAAGAAUUAAAGAGGGACAGUUUUUUGAAAAACGCUUUGCCCACAGCGUCUCUAAUUCCUUUUGUCUUAAAUGCACAGGUCAUAGUGUUCCCGGUCGAACAUGUAACAGAAUCUGUAAUUACUGAUUUGGGGACGUCGUAG